AUGGCUCUCAUGGCUCAGUGGAUAUCUAGUGUUUGCAAGGCUGGUCAUCAAGCAAGCUCAAGAUCCCUAGGUAUACUCUACUUAUGGUGGUGUCUAAGGCGUCUCCAAGGUUGGUCAUCAUGGUGUGUUACUGGUGCAAGACUGUCUCCCUUUGAUUCUGGUUCUUUCAAGUGUUUCAAGGCUAGUGAGCCUCAACUUCUCAAGGUGGCUGAAAGGUCAUCCAUCAAGACAAACAGUAGGUUCAAGACUCUCUCCUACACUCUCUGUAUGGCUGUGCUUCUUUUGGUCGGUUUCUACAAGGUGAUCAAGCAAGGCGUACUGCUGAUUCAAGACUUUCCCUCUACGGUUGUGCUCUACUUUGGUCAGUAUCUGCAAGGCUAUCUGUCCAAGUUUACUGCUGGCUCUCGAUCGUCUCUUCAUGGUUGUGCUUGGUUGUGCUUGGUUGCCCUUGGUCGUGCUUGGUCGUGCUUGGUUAUGCUUGGUUGUGCUUGGUUAUGCUUGGUUAUGCUUGGUUGUGCUUGGUUGUGGUUAGCAAGUUCCACGAUCACAAGUCCGUAUCUGCAAGGUCUUUUGUACAAGUAUCACUGGACUUUCAAGACUGGUUUUCCUAGCUCUGGUCCUCUUUGGCCUUCCAAGGUGUUUGUUCAAGGCUUCAACAGGUCUUCAUGGUGGUCUGAUCAGCUCUUAUUGAAGCAAGAAGAGGAUUUAGUUAGGUUUGAUCACCCUGAUUAG